AUGUAAGAAGAAAAUCCUAAUUUUGGUGAUGCUUAAGAUGAUGAAGAUGCUUCAUAUAAUAAUAGUAGAAUUCGUAAUGAAGUAAAUGAAGAAUUUAGAAAAGUGUCUGAAAACAAAUUAUAAGUAACAAAAGUAAAUGAAGAAAAUAACAUUUGUACAAUAAAAUUAUCAAGAACAAAAACUGCUGAAAAAUAAUAGGAUCAUAUGAUUCUAUUAUUAUCACUACAAGAGAGAGAAUUAUAUAUAAAAUAAGUAAGUUUUAAAGUUGACAGCUGGAAAGUAUAUGCAGAAAGUGAAAAAUUGACAUAAUUAGUUAAACAAAGCUAAUAUCAUUCAACAUUAGAAUUAAUAAAAAGUAUUGUACCUGAGGUAUGCAAUAUUAUAUUGUCUUUUGAAAUACCUACAAAUAGUGGAAAGAAAUCAGAUAAGUAAGAAUUUGGUAGAGCACAUACUCAUUCUCAACCUAUUCCUUAUUCAGGAUUCUCUACUUGUUGUUGGUCACCUUAAGGUCAUUUAAUUACAGUUCAUAAUACAGCUACUAAUCAUUAAAAAUAAGCUAAAGAUUAAAAGGCUCAAUAUAUAACUUUGUAAGAACUUAAUUCAUUUGUAUUUUCAUAACCUAAAACUAAAUAAUCUAAUCAAUAAUAAAGACAUGUUGUAGAAAUCAGAGAAGAUGAAGAAAAUCUAUAACCUUUUUUCUAAACUGGUAUUUAAUUGAUUUCAGAAAAAGAAGACGAAGCCUAUGAUUAUCUAAAUUUCUAAUUCUUCUAUCAUUAUUUUCCUUAAUUUCAUCAAUAAGAAGUACCCAAAGAAUAAAAAGUAGAAAAAUUAGCAUUUUAUAAAGAUUAUGAAAUUUAUGAUUUGCACAAUAAUCCAGAUGUCAUUAUUUUAGGAGAAUAAUUCAAAAAUCUAUCUAAAAAAGUUUAUGAAUAAUAAGAUAAAAAAACAGUUAUCAAUUAAAAUGUGGAAAUUAGUGUAAACAUUUUUUAUUUCAUUUUAGAUAUACGAUUUUGGAAGUUAUUCAUUUCAUGUUGAUAACAUUACAUAAUUACAUGAAUAUUUUACUAAUCAUAUGAAAAAGAAUAAUAAUAAUACUAAUAUCAAUAAUCCAUUAAAAAUUUUAUAUUAACCAUUAGAGGAAUAUUUCAAAUUAUAUAAUUCAAGCAUUUCUAGUUUUGUUCUCACAAGUGGAGUUACAUGUAAUUAUAUCAUUAAUUUAAUUUAGUGGAUCUCUAAGAAUAUAAUAUGAAAAUUCUAAAAAUUUUAUCUGAUUGUAUCUAUCACUAGUAAUAAAAGAGAGUAAUGUCUCAAGAAAUGAAUCUAAUAAAGGAUUUUUAAGAAUAUUUCAAAAAAUUAUGGAACUCUUAAUAUCAGAUAUACAAAUUAUAUGAUCAGAUAGCUUAUUCAAUAAAAAAAAGCAAUUUAAAAGAUACUAAAAAGUUAUUAGAUUGUGUAUAUUAAUUAAAAUUAGAAUCAAAUAUUGAAAUGAAAGAUUAAAUAAAAGAUCUAAUAAAAGAUGAAAUAAGUAAAUACAACAAUUAACCAAAUCCAAAACUCUUUGUUAAAGGAAUAUAAAGUAUUUCAGUCUAUGAUAACUUUCAGAAGAUAUCAAAUGAAAGUCCUAUUUAUAUAAUAUGGAAUUAACUCAGUAAUUUUCCCUUAAUAGUAACUGAUAAAGUUGAGUUUAGUAAAUUAAAUGUUCUUAAGACAGCACUUAGAGCUUAGAGUCCUAUUAAUUUUUGCAUUUAUAAGAAAUUAAAAUCAGCAAGUUAUUAGGUUGCUAAUUUUAGAGAUAGAUUGAACAAUGAAAUUUAUAGUUAGGGACCCUUAUAAUUAGGAAAUGUGAAAUAAAAUUAAAAUAAGACAAUUUGUUCUAUCUGUCAAUAAGUUAUCACUAGUCAUGGGUUGUUUUGUAGUUCAUGUUAACAUGGAGGUCAUUAUGAACAUAUGCUCUAAUGGAAAUAAACAUGUGCAGUUUGUGAUUGUGAUUGUAGAAAAUGA